AUGAACAUGUUCACGGCCAUCAACGACGCCAUGCGCGUGGCCAUGGAGACGGACCCCUCCGCCGUGCUCUUCGGCGAGGACGUGGCCUUCGGCGGCGUGUUCCGCUGCUCCGUGGACCUGCGCGAGAAGUUCGGCAGCGACCGCGUCUUCAACUCGCCGCUGUGCGAGCAGGCCAUCGCGGGCUUCGCCAUCGGCUACGCGUCCACGGGGCGCACGGCCAUCGCCGAGAUCCAGUUCGCCGACUACAUCUUCCCGGCCUUCGACCAGAUCGUGAACGAGGCCGCCAAGUUCCGCUACCGCUCGGGCAACGAGUUCAACUGCGGCAAACUCACCUUCCGAGCCCCGUACGGAGCGGUGGGCCACGGAGGCCACUACCACUCGCAGUCGCCCGAAGCGUACUUCGCGCACACGCCCGGACUCAAGGUGGUGGUGCCACGCAACCCUGCGGCGGCCAAGGGCUUGCUGCUGGCGUCGAUUCGGGACCCGAACCCGGUGCUCUUCCUGGAGCCCAAGGCGCUGUACCGCGCAUCAGUCGGAGAGGUGCCGGUGGGAGAUUAUGUGCAGAACUUGAGUGAGGCCGAGAUCGUGCGGCGAGGCACCGACGUCACUGUAGUUGGCUGGGGCGCGCAAAUGCGGGUGCUUGAAGAGGCCUGCUCGUAUGCUGAGGAUGUGGGCAUCAGCUGCGAGCUCAUUGACUUGCAGACCAUUUUCCCCUGGGACGCUGACACUAUCGAGCACUCGGUGCGCAAGACCGGCCGGCUAGUCAUCAGCCACGAAGCUCCGAAAUCCGGUGGUUUCGCCGCCGAAAUCUCGUCUAGUAUGCAGGAGCGGUGCUUCCUGAGUUUGGAGGCUCCCAUCCAGCGCGUGUGUGGCUAUGACACACCGUUCCCGCUGGCGUAUGAGUCGCACUAUCUUCCGGAUGCACUGCGCAACUUCGAGGCGAUCAAGAAAGUGGUGAACUACUAG